UGACCAAAUGAAAUGAAAUGUCAUUUCUCCGAUUUGCGAAUCGCGAUUUCGCGAUACUUUUUAUUGAAAAUUAUUGUAAAUGAAUUUUUUGUGUGUACUCUGAGGCGAUAAUCAAAUAAAAUGAGUGAUUUAAUAAACGCCAGGGAGGCGGCGUCCCUGGCUAUUCAGUUCGAUCAGAUGGGAGAAACGGACAAAGCUGUGGAAUGUUAUAGGACUGCUGCUCGUAUUUUGGAUAGAGCUAGGGACUCUGUGUCUCUAGAACGAAGAUCUGAGAUCCGGGAGAAAGUACAGGAGUACCUUAAAAGAGCCAAUGCGCUACAGGAGCAGAAGGAUGUUGCACAGCAGGCGGAAGUGGAACGAAGUUUGCAGCAAUGCUACUUCUUGAUGCAGCAGGCUUUGGAUGCUGAUGAAGCUGAUUUGAAGGACAUAGCCCUGCAGCUCUACACUCAAGCUGUGGAGUUGGCUGUCACCAUUAAAUCAAGUGAUCCCGAGAUAAAAGAAAAAGUAAAAGGAUUGGCCUCCCAAGCGUUAGAUAGAGCAGAGGACUUAAAAGGGAUCAACAAGUUUUCUACAUUGUCUAUUGGUGGCCAGCCAAGACCCGUGGUUUCACCGAACAGACCUCCUCUACAAAGAGAGCAAAGUGUCCAUUUACAAGUAAGCGGCGGAAAACACACAUACACAGAAGAAGAAAAGGAUGUACUCAGAACAACUUCAAAUAUCAACAACAACUGGUUCCUACCAUUUAUGGACGUGGAUUUGUCGGAGAAGUUCCAAUACGCAAUACCGUUUGAAGAGAAAGCCAGCGAAUUGAAGCUGUCUUCGAAGCAACAGAAGGAAUUUGACUGUUGGAUUCGGCCUCACGAGAUUUGUAGUGAUCCAAAGUUGAUAAUCAACGAGCAUGUGGAUUGUUUCAGUAUUAAACAAACAAUAGUAUCAGAUUGUUCGUUCGUCGCCUCCCUCGCCGUGAGUGCCUUAUACGAAAGGAGGUUCAAUAAGAAAAUAAUCACAUCCAUAAUCUACCCAAAGAACAAAAACAAACAACCUGUGUACAACCCUUUUGGCAAGUACAUGGUGAAGCUACACCUUAACGGAGUAAGAAGGAAGGUAAUCAUAGACGACAGACUUCCGUACAGCAAAUAUGGCCGACUUCUAUGUUCGUAUUCGAGCAAUAAGAACGAAUUUUGGGUCUCCAUGUUGGAAAAGGCGUACAUGAAAGUCAUGGGUGGUUAUGAUUUCCCUGGCUCGAAUAGUAACAUAGAUCUCCACGCGUUAACUGGUUGGAUACCGGAGCGAUGCGCGAUUCGCAAGGACGAGCCCGAUUUCAACGCGGACGCAUUGUACGAGACCAUUAGGUCUCGGAUGGAAAGGGGCGACGUUUUGGUGACAGUCGCCACCGGUCCCCUGUCCGAUCCGGACGCAGAGAGAACCGGACUGGUUGCUACACACGCUUAUGCUGUGCUGGACGUGAAGAUUGCUAAUAGCGUGAAACUCCUCAAGCUGAAGAACCCUUGGUCCCACUUACGUUGGCGCGGGAACUACUCCGAGUUGGACACAGUGCAUUGGACGCCAAACCUUAGAGGUCUUCUCAACUACGACCCAGAAAGCGCGGCGCAGUACGACAACGGCGUAUUCUGGAUUGAUUACACGAGUAUUCUGGAGUUUUUCGAUGUAUUCUACUUGAAUUGGAACCCGGAGCUGUUUAAAUUCACCUAUUGUAUUCACCAGAAAUGGGACGCCGGUAAUGGUCCCGCCAAAGACGCGUACAUUAUUGGCGAAAACCCUCAGUUCUCGUUGCACGUGCAAGGAAAAGGCGCUGUCUGGUUACUGCUUACGAGACACAUCACGCAGAUAGACGACUUCCGUGACAAUAAGGAGUAUAUCACGCUGCUCGUCUACAAGAACAACGGGAAGAGAGUGUACUACCCUUGCGAGCCGCCUCCAUACAUCGACGGCAUCCGUAUCAACAGCCCGCACUAUCUGUGCAAGGUGAUAGUUGGAGAGGGAAGCAGUGAUCGAUACACGCUGGUGGUCUCACAGUACGAGAAAACCCGCACGAUAUUCUACACGUUGCGAGCGUACGCUACGUGUCCUUUCUCGCUUAACAAGAUGGAGCCCUAUCGCCAUUUCAAAUCUCUAAAAGGAGAUUGGACGGCUCGCACAGCAGGCGGCUGCGAAAACAACAGACAAACUUACCCCAACAACCCCAAGUUUGUGGUCACAGUGCCCGAUACCAGGGUCCCGUGUCACGUGGUCAUUGAGCUGAGGGGACCCAAGCAGUAUCAGAUGGGAAUGGACGUUAGGGUCGAAUCGCUGGAUGACCCUAACGUUACUGCGCCGUUCUUCAAGGAAACUUCUGGCCCGUAUAGAUCGGGCUUUGUAGUCCUAGAAUUGAACAAUUUGCCUGCAGGCCGGUACAUUGUCACACCAUCCACUUUCUACGCGGGUCAAGAGGGCCCCUUCUUUUUGCAAUUCCGGUCCACUUGCGAGUUACAAUGCGAGGCGCGCAACUAGCGACCUGUGGGCAGGAGGAGGGAACACGCUUGUCAUUUGAGACAAAAUAACGGGUAACGUUACUGGGUAACGGAUACCGUUGUAGUAUAACGGUAAAUGCAGGCUUAGGCAGCGCCUUAUCAAGGACACCAUGAAGAUUAUUAAUGAAGUUAUUAUUUUUGAAUUUAAUAGUUGACCAAUAUUAUUUGCUAUAAUUGAAUUUUGUUUACACUAAGUUUUUGGCUUUUGUUUAUCAUAUCUGUAUAUGGAUAAAUCAGUUAAAUUUUUAAACCAAUGUUUUUUUAAUAAUUAUGGUCUGACAUGAAAUGAGACACUAAAGAUAUGAAUAAUGAUCUCUUUCUGAUUUUACCAUAGAUCUGUAAUUUUAUUAAUUAUUGUAAUAAUCACAUGUUAUGUUAAUAACUCAAAAUUAAAUUUUUGCUAUUCUCUGUUGUUAGUUAAGGAAAUUAAUUAUGUAAAGCUUGUAAAUCAGAUUUGAGGGACCCAUUUUAUUAAUUAAAAAUUAAGUUUUUGUUUAAUUUAAAGAUAUUAUGACUCGUUAUGUAUAAUAAAUAUAAAUAUAUUGUUCUCAUGAAUUAACACGCUUCCGCAUUUGUUUCCAUUUGACUAAUUUGAAAAUGUUAGAAUUAGAUUUGUUUUUUUUUUUAUUUUCAGCAAUAAAUCUUGUAAUUUUAUGGCACUGCUUGUAUACAUUAUUUGCACUAUAAUACUGGCAUAAAACUAAAAAUAAGGUCACAAAUAAUAGUUGCCUUUUAAAAAGAAAAACUAUUCGAUCAUUCCAUAUUCAAACAGGGGUUUUUCCUUUGCUCUGAUUGGUUCAGAAACAAAACACGUCUAUGCAUGCAUGCAAAUCUAUCUAAUUGCAUAAAUGCAGAUUUAUUCGGUUUCUUGUGUCGUGCACGACUGUACUAAAGUUGCGUCCUGUCUUAUAGCGGAUUUGUUAAGAAAUGCCCGGGAAAAAUGACGAAAUUUUAUGUGACAGUAAAGACGAUAUUGCUUUAACAAAAUAUUUUAAUGUUUUCAUACUAAACUCACUAAACCGUCUUUAACGAACAUGUAACUUUUAUUGGUAAAACUGUUCAGAAAAAGUACGUAUUUAUUUAAUAAUGGGUUGCACCAUAGCCAAUGGUAAACACUAUGGCACCUUAGUACUUGUAAUAGGCAUCUAUUUGUUUUGCAAGCAAAAUGUAGUGCAGUCUAAUGUAUCGCUAUACAAAAUAUUUAAA